GCCGGGGCUGCGGCAGGCGGAGCAGCGCCCGGCGCCGGGACGGGCGGGGGACAGGCAAAAUGGAUCUCGCUCUGCUCUUGGCAGCGCUCCUGGGACUCCUCAUUGUCAAGGCUCUUUUGUUUCAGCUGAGAAACCCGAGCUCCCCUCCUUGCAUCAGGAGCUGGAUCCCUUGGUUUGGAGCUGCGUUUCAGUUCGGGAAAGCUCCUCUGGAGUUUAUAGAGCAAGCCAGAAAGAAGCAUGGACCUGUGUUCACAAUAUUUGCUCUGGGAAAACGGUUCACUUUUGUGACUGAGGAAGAAGGAACUGAAGCAUUUUUUAAAUCUGAAGACUUAAAUUUUGAACAGGCAGUACAGCAAGCUGUCCAGAAUGCAGUCUCUGUUCCUGCAGAAGCAUUUUAUCAGAACCAUGGUAACCUCUACAGCAUGAUGAAGGGGAAGAUGAGUCCCAGUAACCUGCACAUGUUCUCAAGCACUUUGUGUAAGGAGCUCCAUGAGCACAUGGCUCACCUGGGCACAGAGGGCACGGGUGACCUCAAUGACCUGGUAAGGCAUGUCAUGUAUCCAGCGGUGGUGAACACCCUGUUUGGGAAGGGCAUCUGCCCAACCAGUCCAAGUGAAAUCAAGGAGUUUGAAGAGCAUUUUCAGAAGUAUGAUGAGGACUUUGAAUAUGCUUCUCAGAUGCCUGAGUGCUUCCUGAGGAGCUGGUCUAAAUCCAAAAAAUGGCUUCUAAAAUUAUUUGAGAAAGUAGUGUUGGAUGCUGAAAGGACCAACCCUUCAGAGACUGCAUCCAAGACACUUCUGCAACAUCUCCUGGAUAACUUGCAGGGAAAUUACGCUCCCAAUUAUGGCCUCCUGAUGCUCUGGGCUGCCCAAGCAAACGCUGUGCCCGUUGCAUUUUGGACCCUUGCUUUCAUACUCUCUAAUCCUGCCAUUUACAAGAAAGUCAUGGAAGACCUGGCUUCUGUUUUUGGCAAAGCAGGUAAAGAUAAACUGGAAGUCUCUGAGGAAGACCUGAAGCAGAUCCCUUUCAUUAAAUGGUGCACUUUGGAAGCCAUACGGCUGAGGUCUCCAGGUGCAAUCACCAAGAAAGUCAUAAACCCAAUUAGAAUUAAGAAUUUCACCAUCCCUGCAGGUGACAUGCUGAUGUUGUCACCAUAUUGGUUGCACCGGAAUCCAAAACAUUUUCCUGACCCAGAAAUGUUCAAACCUGAUCGUUGGAAAGAGGCAAAUUUAGAGAAGAAUGCUUUCUUGGACAGCUUUGUGGCAUUCGGAGGAGGGAAGCAUCAGUGUCCAGGAAGGUGGUUUGCAAUCAUGGAAAUCCAACUGUUGGUUGUGCUGUUCCUGUACAAGUAUGAAUUUGUGCUCUUGGAUGCAGUGCCAAAGGAGAGCCCUUUACACUUGGUGGGGACACAGCAACCCAUGGCACCAUUACAGGUCCGGUAUAAAUUUCGGGAAUGAAAGUUGUGCAGCACUGACCUUUCUUUGCCAGCCCAUGCUGGAUGGAUGGACCACUAAGCUGCUUCCUAAUCCCACAUCUUCAGACAGCUUCUCUGCCUGCAGAGUUCUUGAUUUCAGCUUUCAGUGCUGUACACUGUGCUGUGCCAAACCAGUGCAGUCGUACCUGUGCUCUUCCCCGGCUGCCCACCUCCCAGUGCUUCAGUCCAAGCUCUCCUGCUGCAUUCAUAAUUUGUGGGCCAGUUACUCACUGACUUUGCAAAUCUGAUAUACUAAACUCACCAACCAAACGUCCAGGACAAAAAGCUGCAGUGUCUGGAAAUCCUGUGUGGAAGCUGUGCCAGAACCAGCAGAGAAGCUGCUCCCUUGGGCCAGGUCACUGCUUCCUGCAGGGCGCUUCAAAUCAAGGCCAAAAUGGUGUCUGAUGCUAAGAAAUCUCAUUGGUAACAGCAAACACCUCCCUGGUGUUGGUGUGCACAAAAUCCAGGACAGUCUGAGCAGAGACCUCUGGAUCAGCUCCACAUCCUGAUAAACUGUGGGGACUUGUGUGUCACUGCCUGGGUGGGCAGGUGAAGGUCCGGCCUGCUCUGCCUACAACCAGUGCCAACUUCUUGUGAAUAAAAUGCAUUUGUAAUGGAAAAAUUGCAAGCAUUUGGGAUCUUGUUCCACUGGAGCACCUGAAAUUUCUGCUGAGCUUUAUUUUGCUCCACAGGAUUCAGAAUUGGUCCUUGCAGGAAUUUGCAAUGAAAGUUUGACCAAGUUUAGCUCCCAAUAAAAAGUGAUUGCAAGGAAAGCUGUUCCUGCUCAUGAGACUGGUUGUCUGUUAUCUAGAACACUUUUACUUCUCCUUCCAUGAGUUAUAGAACAAAUUGCACAAAUCUAAGAAUAUUUAAUCCUGUAAAGAAUACCUAGUAAAAGUUGUUUGAAGAUGCUGUCAAAUAAGUUCAGAUAGCAACACUUUAACUGCUGUCAGAUUUAAUAUACAAUAAUAGCUGGCAUGUAUUUUUAGUCUUGCAAGUAAAGAUUAUUCAUCAUUUUAAAAGUAUUUGCAGAAAAAUCCCCUCAUACAAAUAGACUUUGAACAACAGAGCAAACUAUGGGAACAACAUGCAUAGGAAAAUAACACAUUGUAUAAUUCAUUACGUGGUUGGCUUACCUUCGUGAUGGAUAGAACAACUUCAGUGAUUUAUAUGGCUGGAAAAUAAUUCAUCCAACUUUUAUUUCAGCCCAUAAUGGUUAAAUGUGUAAGAGUUGCAAUCUUAAUUGCUGUUCAAGUGUCUCUUCCAUAACUGAAGGCCAUUCCCUUGGAUUUCAUGCAUGGUAUUACCUGGAAGUGUAUAUUUUAAUUUUAAAAUUUGGA